AUGGAGAGAUGGCUUAAAAAAGGAACUCUAAAACGUUCCUCUCAAGAACCUGAAUAUUUUGCGGUGAACUCAAGUCAUAUUGAUAACCAUAGUAAUAAUGAGAAUGAUACAAAUGAAAUCACCCCAAAAUAUUUUAAAAAAUGUAGAAAGUAUGAUGAAAGUUACAUAUCAUUAGGAUUUAUGAAUAAUAAUGAUAAUCCUCAGUGCGUUAUUUGCAGCAAAGUUCUCCCAAAUAGCUCUAUGGCUCCAGUAAAAAUCAUAAACUUCAUAAAAUCUCGGCCUCUUCAAAAUCGUUUAUUCAAAAUCCUAUGUGAGGACAUGGGAAGUGUACAUACUUCUCUUCUCUUACAUACCGAGGUCAGGUGGUUAUCUCGAGGAAAGAUACUAACUUGUAUUUUUGAAUUAAGGGACGAGGUACGUGCUUUUUUUUUGGAACACAAUUUCGAAUUAAAAGAUCGAUUUCUUGAUCAAAUGUGGCUACUUAAAGUCGCCUAUUUAAGUGAUAUUUUUACAAAGAUCAAUGAGCUUAAUUUCACACUUCAAAGCAGACACGUAAAUGUUUUUACUGCACACGAAAAAAUUCAUGCUUUUAAGAAAAAGUUAGAUUUUUGGAAAAUUUGUAUGAGCUCCAACGAGUUUGAUUGCUUUCCUACAAUUAAAUGCUUUUCGAAAGAGGAAGAGGUCGAAAUUAAUGAAGUUUUCAUUGAGGAAAUUAUUCAGCACCUCACUGGAUUGAGUGAAGGAUUCAACCAUUAUUUUCCAAAUGACCAACAGGUGAAAUAUAAAAAUGAACUGUGGAUUAAAAAUCCAUUUAUUGUCAAUACACGACCUCCAGCCAUGUCAGCAAAAGAAUAUGAAACCUUUAUUGAAUUUACAUCUGAUUCAUCGCUGCAAGAAAAAUUUAAAUCAAUGCCAUUAGCAGAAUUUUGGUGCAGUUCAAAAGAUGAAUAUCCUCAAUUGUCACAAAAGGCCGUGUUGGCACUUUUACCAUUUGCAACCACGUAUAUGUGUGAAACGGGGUUCUCUACCUAUGUAUCGACAAAAACAAAAUACCGCAACAGACUUGAUGCCGAACCUAAUAUGUUAUUACAACUUUCAUCAAUAAAGCCCAAUAUUAAGAAUAUUUUACAAAAUAAAAAGCAAUUUCACGCAUCUCAUUAA